UCUCUAGAAUACUUCUCCCUCUAAUUUCUCCACCUCAUGUGCACCUCGUGCUUCUUUAUUCUCUCUCCCGCUUUCCCAUUUAAGUUGUUAUCGCCUUCUUUCUCUCGAGCCAAACCACAAAUCAGACAUUCAAAUUUCGUUCUCACAAGAAGAAGAAAACAACAAAAAAGAUAAUAAUGUCGCGUGCUAACGUAGAACUCGAUUUCUUUGGCAUGGAGAGGAAGGAAAUGGCUUCUUCCAAAUCUCAGUUUCAGAAGUUCCUUCAUCGUCAACGGAGCUUCCGAGACCUUCAAGGCGCCAUUUCCAAGAUUAAUCCUGAGAUACUCAAAUCUGUUAUUGCUUCCGGUUCCAUGAAUGCUGUUGAUUCUAAGAAGUUACCGGUCUCCGUGCCGUCUACUCCCAAAGAAGAGCCUGCUGCUUUUUCUGCUUUGCCUCUUUUUAAUCAUAUCUCCGGCUCCAGGCCUGGUACUGAGACCCUUCCGGAAACAGCUCCUCUGACUAUUUUCUACAAUGGAACCGUCACCGUUUUCGAUGUUCCUCGAGACAAGGCUGAAUGCAUUCUGAAACUUGCCGUUGAAGGAAGCUCCAAAACUGAAGAAUCAAAAGACUCGAAAACUGCUACCGACAAACAACAGCUGCUAGAGACUCUUAACACCGGAGAUUUCCCAAUUGCUCGCAAAAAGUCAUUGCAGAGAUUUCUCGAGAAACGCAGAGAGAGGUUGACUUCGGUGUCGUUGCCAUACGGCUGUUGAAACCUAAUACGCGUUUGGGGGCCGACCGAAAAGAGCAACAUGGGAUGGGACCGGGGCUAGCGAAAGAGGAGAUAUAUAUAACAGAGAUAUGAAAAAUAGGUUGUAAUGUUUGAUGAUUAGGUUAAAGUAAAGUUGUAUCAGCCUGCCUGCCUGCCUCUUUUGACUGGGUAGAUACAAAAUAUAAUACUGGUACAAUAGAAUGGCUUUUAUUUUUGCGGUGGUUGCAACCAACAUUUAUAGUAUUAAUGUUGUUUCGUUUGCAAUUUAGCUUUUAAUGUCUCCUUCCUUGCACUUUCCUAAGGGGUCUUAACGUGUGUACUUAGACCAUUCUUUUAUUUACUAAUUUAUUUAUUUCUAUAAGUUUCAAAGUGACA